UACGAUUUAGUGACACGUCUCCCUACAACUUCCGCCAUUAUGGACGUUAGAACUCCUGCCAAAACCUCCGGACAGCGUUAGGAAGGUCAAACAGCGGCGCUGCUUCCCGCCCCUCCGUCUCCUGCCAAGCCCGCGGUGUGAGCUCGCUUCCCUGCCGCAUCUGCAGGGGUGGAACUGGGACUGACUCACAUCGAGGGCUCCCUGGUGUUCCAGACGCCUCUGCUGCUCCCUGCUCCGACUCAUCGUCUGCAGGCAGUCAGCCUGCUCUUGAGAAAUGGAUUACCUCCGUUGAAUCGACCACAUCAAGAUACAGAGUGAUGUAUCUCGCCUCCCCCUGUGCUGAGAGGGCAUGAGGCUGCGAGGUGGGCGGGAUUUAAGCCCAGAAUCCUACCUAGAACUGGCCCCUGCUCCUCCUUGUCGUGUUGCCUGGUUACCUGGCGUCCUAAGCAAAGGGGUACGCCUUCGUCUGCGCUUGGAUCACCGCGACAACCGGGGGCGGGGCUGCUGGCAGCUGGUGGACUUGGAGGAGGAGUCAGAGCCAGUUGGGCGGAGGCUGAGGAGCCAAGGCCCUGACACCUGUGGUCAAAGUCUGAUGAGUACCUUGUCUGCCGACUCCGAAAUGCAGACUCCUUCGCUCGGCCCCCAGUUCACUGUGGGGCCCCAGGGUAAGGUACCUGGCAGGAAAAGAGGACGGCCUCCUAUCCGUAAACUGGAGUUCCAGAGUCACUACACUGAAGAUAUGUCACCUCUCAAAGUCCCGAAGAAGAGAGGCAGGAAACCUGGCUUCAAGCUGAAGCCAAGGAUGGUGAUGUCCCCGCUCGCUAACUCUCCCCCCGGCAGCACCCCAGAACCCGAGAUGGGUUCCCUCCCCCAGGAUGCUGCGAUUGUCCCCCACUCUGCCACUCCUCAAGGCCUAACAGCGGAAACGUCGAUGCCUGAUGACUUCUUAUGCGACCCACCAAUGGACUCCAAGCGUUAUGCUGUGGAUCCCAGCGACUCUGCCUUCAAUAUCAUGACAUCCCAGUACCCACCAAAGCGGUCCUAUAGUUACCGUGGCAGCAGUUGCUCUACCCCAAUGCUGCUGUGCAGACAAGCAUCAAGCCCAGGAAGCUUCCAGGAAGUUAACAGGAAUGCUUACAGUCCAGACUCCGGAGAGUGCAAGCGUCCUGCUGGUAAAGACCCGUCCAGCUGGGGUGUCGAGGAAGUUGUUUGGUUCAUCAAAGAUGCUGACCCCCAAGCCCUGGGACCCCACGCUGAAACAUUCAGGAAGCAUGAGAUAGAUGGAGAUGCUCUGCUCUUGCUGAAAAGUGAGAUGAUGAUGAAGUAUCUAGGACUGAAGCUGGGACCCGCACUCAAACUCUGUUACCACAUAGACAGGCUGAAACAAAACCGGUUGUGAUUAUGCUGUCUUGGAGCCAAACCCCUGAACACAUUUCACUUAAACUGUAUCGCAGGAGAUUCUCAUAAACGUUCUCUACCUACAGCAAUGCAUCAUGAACGCCUUUGGAUCCUGGGUUUUGUUGAAACAUUUCACAUGUUAAGGACUAUUUGCAUCUGAAGAAACUAUUUAAUAUCCACUAUUGUUGAUCAGGUUUCUGAACAGAAUGUACAUAGUUUAGCCCCACAAAGAUGGAAGCUACUCUUCCACAGCUGACCAUCAACAGCAUGAAUCUGUGCAGAUCUUAAUAAUGGACACAAACCCUCUGAAAACCUACUGAGACAGGCAGCUUUACACACUUGUAUGGUGCUUUACCUCAAUAACGUUUUGAACUUGAAGAAGUCUUUGGAUCAAGGUACAAUGCUGCUGUUUUUUUUUUAAAUAAUUGUGUGAGUUUUGUUGUAAACUGAUGUAAAUAUUGACGAAGGUAUCAUUCCUAAACACAAACUGUAAUUUUCUCAAACUCUUACGCAAGUAUUACAAUCUUUUAAACUUUUUAUAAGUACUAAGUGAAACAAAUGGUUACAUAGAAAAGUUUACGACAAAAACCACAGCAUAACUGUGAAGCGACGUAUCGCACCAAAGAGGGGCGUAUAACAAUGCAGCGUUCAGAGUGAGAGGAAGGAGAGCGGGCAUUGGGGUUAUUCAUGUUGUUCUCAUCAAUUGUACGUCAUGUCAGUGAGACAAGCGUCUACUUGUAGUAAAACAAAUCAUACAGUGCAACUUGGUGCUCACCGAGAUCUUUGCUGCCACUACAGUUACCUCAUCAGUUAACAAUUAAAUCACUCUAAUAUAAUAUUGAUAAUGGUCGGUUGCAAGUUCUUAAGCACAACCUCAGUUAUUUUAAAGUAAAUACCUGAAUCAUGUUCUGCUCUUUCAAAUAAUAAUGGACAAAAAAAUGUCAAACUGUUAAGUUAAAUAUCUUGAGCAUUAAUAUUUACAUUGUUGAAACCCCCAUACAGCUUUGUGGUAAUACAUUUUAGAGACAGCAACCUGUAUACACACAUGCAGUAUAUGACACACUUGUACAACUCUUGAUAUUUAAACACAAUGUUUUUUUUUCUAACUGUACAGUACUUGUUAAUAUUUGUAAUCUAUGGUGUUUUAUGUGUAUUCCUUGAACAACUUAACAAACAAAUUACAACCUGUGUCACAUGUAUGUAACUACAUCAUGUAUGUCUAUGUAUACAUUAUGUAUUGUAAUGACUGAGGAAGCUAGGUGAUGCAUUUAACUUUCACAUUACAUUUUUCAAUUGGAAAACUUGAUUUAAUUGGAUCCAAAGAAAUAGGCAGAUUUUGUUGUCUCAGGGUUAUUUACCCAUGUAAUCCAUUUCAAAUAUACAACAAAUAUUUAUUACACCCCAGCCUUGACCCAUAUCAAUGACAUGUUGACUCCACAAUGACCGUCCUUUUCUUUUUAAUGUUUUUUUAUUGAAUACUUUUUCCAAAGAAAAUAAAACUUCUUGUUCAAUAAAGUCUGA